UGUCAAAGUAAAUUCUUGCAAUUGACGUACAAAAGAGCCCUUACUUGGCACAAUUUUCAGUUGCGCGCCUGACUUUUUGAGGUGAAGUAGGGAAAAGAUAUCAACAUAGCACAUGCAAGUGUAUUGAGUUGCAGCCUUUUUAGUUUGUAAAAAGUAGAUCGGAUUCAGUGGAUCCAGCUUUAGCCAUGCCACCAGAAGAACAAGAAACUAACAAAGCAGCUCCGAAGGGGUGCCUGCCAAAUCGACCAGUAAGAGUUGUAGCAGCCCUAACUGGUUUGUUUUUAGCUGCUGCGAUCGUACUUGCCCUGUUCCUUGCAGGGGUGUUUGAUAGCAGUCCUGAUCUACCUGAUGUCAUGGAAGGAGAGGCCACAUUCACAUCAAAUGAAGGCAAAGAAGAAAACUUCCAUGUCAUGAUUGAUUACAAGAAAAAAAUCAUACAGCUUGCAUCAAUCGAUUCAUCUGAGAUGCUCGAUAAAGCAUCAUUUGGAAGACGCCUUAUGUCCUAUGCUGAGAACGGGACUACUAAUGGAACAAGAAUUAACAUGACGAAAAUCAUUAUACAAGACUACAACACGAACCGGAAGUACUUUGUGAUUCCAAAACAGAACGAUAACUCGACGACAAAGUGUAUUUUCACUAGACUUGAAGAAGAAAUGAUUCCACAACACUUAUUAAAGUAUGCCACUCUCAAAUCGGAAAGUGUUGAAGGCAAUACAACACACAGUCUCUUUCAGGUCGAUAAUGAUACUGAUGUUGAUGUGUACAGAGCAAAAGGACGAAACGGCAAGAUAUAUGAAGUUUACAUGCAUCUUCCAAAUGGGACGCUGCAUAUGCGCUCAAGAGAGCAAGAAAUGAACUUCACUGAAUUUCGAAAGCUUAACUGCUAUCGAUACAAUGAGGAGAACGAUACAAUAGAGAAAUCCUUUUACAAGUCCAACGACUCUAAGUUUUAUGAAAAACCCGACGAUACUGAAUUGCCAUCGAUGAAUGAAACAGUUCGAAACUUUAUCUUAAACGUAACAAAAGAGGCGAACUUGACAGCCAUCAGUGAGAGUGAUUCCCCAGAUUCUGUUGCCCAUCGUCGUCGUCGUGGUUUGGGGACACGUCCGAAUGGAGACCUGGAUUGGUGGUACGGGAACUGGUGUGGUAAAGAGCAAGGAGGGUAUGAAAGGUACCCAAAACCUGCCUGCAAUAGCCUUUGCCGCCAAUCUACUAGAUAUAUUACUUCUGAUUGUAGAAAUUGCCUCCCCCCGAAAGACGGGUUUGACGCAGUAUGCAUGGAACAUGACAGAUGCCUCAUAGAAGCCGGUAAAGGCCCGUGGUGGUGUUUUCCUGUUGGCAAUCGUUGCUCCUGUGAUUUCCGUUACGUCUGGAAUGUCUUCUACUACAUAUUAGCAUGUCCUAGUUGGGAGUGUCGCGUUAACGCGGCUCAAGCAUUCACUGCAUUCCAACUGCUGUCUUGUUGGUUUCCUGUGAAGAUUUGUUUUCCAUGGAUACGUUUUAGUUGUGGCGGCUGCAAGGUUUGCUGCCCGCGGAUUCAAUUCUACAUGCAUUGUUUUUCGUUUAAAAUGUGCGCACCAUUUGGAUCUGGAAAAAUUCCAUAUUGAAAAACAAGCUCAAUCUGCUUACCUUUUGUCAGCAAAUUAAACUUUCACUCCUUGUUUCCUUCUGGCCCACUUUGGUGCAUUUUUUUUUUUCAUGUAUCAGACUUAGCUUAUAAACUAAUCAUGAUAAUUGCACUUGCAGCUGUUAAUAGUGUACGUAACAAAAACACAUCGUUGUAAUCGCCUUUUUUAUUAUUAUUUUAAACAAGCUCACUUUUAACUAAUUGUAUGUUCUUUGAUCAUAAGCUCUGUUAACCAUCGCCAUAGUACCAACAUCACCACCUUUAUCAUUUUUACUUUUCUUGCUACUUUUAUCUUUCUUGUCUUGUCUAAAGAUAUUUUUCCAGUGCAAUUUCUCAUUAUUAAAGUAGUUUUUAUUAUCUGUCA